AUGGCUGCAGGGACUGAUUACCUGCAGGCACUUUCCAUGUUGGAUGGCAGUUAUAGAAAGGAGAACGUUACUGUUACAAGAGACGGGAAAUCAAGUACUUUUGAGAACUUGAAGCAACCGAACAUUGGCAGACCUCCUCGUCACCUCUCAGCUAUUAGGUGUUGCGUAAGCUCUGCCCAGUUGUCUCCUGCAGCUGAAGUGGAGUUGGAUGUUGGGAUUGUUAGCUCAAAGUCUCCAUCAGAUAGUAACUCAGCUUUUGUACCCGUUUUUCGCUCUGGAAGCUGCUCGGAGAUUGGACCGAAGCCAUAUAUGGAGGAUGAGUAUGUUUGUAUAGACAAUAUUCUUGAUCAUCUACGUGCAACUGCGAACUUCACUUCUCCUGGAGCAUUCUAUGAAUACUUUCAUGGCUGUACAACUCCUGGAAUCAAUAUAGAGGCUUGUAACAUGGUAAACUUGACAAGUUAUUCUGUAAGAAGAAUGUAUUGA